AUGCACAUCGCUGGACAUAAAAAAAAUUACAAAUGUCACAUCAACAUAUGUCCAUUAGAACGUGGUCCACAAAUUAUCGAUGUGGACGGUUCCUAUUUGAUAAAUUUUCAAAACACUAUACACGAACCUAAAGAAGAAGUAAAUGUUCAUAUACCUUUUCGGCAAAGGGUUUUAAAUUUCUUGCUCAGAAAAAACGAACCCAUCAUACUUUCUAAAGCAAGUCAUUCGCAUGUGCAUAUAAACACGAUGGCUGUCGUUGUGUCAAACAUAGUUCGAAUUCAAGGUAAACGCAGACAUAACACGGUCCACGUAAUUACUCGAGAUAAAGUCGUAUACGCUCUUUAUUUCAAAACGCAUAAACAGGCGAAUUCUUAUUGUAAGCGGCUUAUAGACCUCAUAGGUAAAAAUGACACAAUAAACCAUCAACCGAGUUUGAUAUGGGUUAGAGACGAUCCAGACGCCAUUUCUAGGAUUACGAAAAUAGUUCAACGUGUCAUUAGUAAGCCAAACAUCUCGGAAGUCUUGAAAUGGAGACGACCAGACAUAGACACGAUGUUUCAAAUGUUGCUCCGUCGCCGCGGACAACACAUGGCAUCGUCGGACGCUGUAAAAAAAUUUCUACAUUCUCAAUCCAUUCAUGCAACCAGCCAAUUCAUUAGCGACGAAGACCGAGCUAUUUUUUGGACUUGUUUAGUAGACGGAAUAUUAGAACAAUCGAAAUAUAAUCGAAGCGAUUGGUAUUUACGUUGCGAUGACGAAUCGUUUCGAAAAAUAUUGUCGGCACUUACCAUACGUUUUCCGCUCACUUGUAUGCAAGUCUAUCAAGACAUGACUAGACCUUUCAAGAAUUAUUUCAUAAAUUCAUCUCACAAUACGUAUAUACAAGGACCUCAUCAAUGGUACGGAUCAGCGUCUUUGGAGACGUAUAAAUAUGCCAUUAAAAACGUCGGUUGCAAAUGUGUAGAAGUGGAUGUUUGGCCAGGACUUUUAGUGUGUCAUUCUAAUUUGUCUCUGGUGACGCCUCAUUUGAAAUUAAUAGAUGUUUUAAAAGUAAUUGGUGAAAAUGCGUUCGAAAACUCGCCUUAUCCAUUGAUUAUAACUAUAGAAAAUCAUGCGGACGAAAACGAAGUUGGUGCUGUGAUUGUGCAAAUUUUAGGAGAUAAGUUGUUUUACCCUCCACUUAACAACAAGAGCCCGUACGAUUUGCGUUAUAAAAUUUUAAUUAGAAGUCGAAUUGUCAACGAAAGUAGCGUUCUGGGCAAAAUUACGAGUAUCGUACACGGCAUAAACACAAUUAGUGUAGCUGAAAACCACGAUAUAAAUCUAGAUAAUAUACACGAGAAUAAUAUCGUGAGGGUUUAUCCCUGUCGUUCGACGUCAACUAAUAUGGAUCCCAUACCCAAAUGGGCCAUCGGUAUACAGUUGGUUGCAUUAAAUGUGCAAGCCACAAACGAUCUUGCAUUACGUUACAAUCGUGCAUUUUUUGCUAAUAACGGUAAAUGUGGUUACGUUUUAAGGGACAGCGUCGCUAAACAAUCUGUUCAAAGAGUGGAAGUUUCGAUAAUUACCGGUUUGAACAUUAAUCUCAUACAGGACGUCGAUGUCGUCAUUAUAUAUGUAAAGGACGGUACAAAAGAUCUAAAGGUAUACAAUACGAAUCGCAAUCCGAUGCAUCGUUGGAACGAAACUUUUAGUUUUAAAAUAUCGAACCCUUCGCUGUGUUUCUUUUCCUUCGAGACUGGCAAUCACGUCGAUUUGACAAACGGUAUACAACUUAAUAGAUGUAGAGAAAAAAUGUAUCAUUUAAGCUCUAUGACUUGCGGAUACUCCCACGUUCAUUUAAGAAACAAAGGGAAAAUAUUUAUUAAAUUUAUUACGUACGAUUCAUAA